AUGCCGCACUGCUAUUUAAAUGGUGGUGGCGAUUUUCUAAGGAAAAAUUUCCAUUAUGGAAGAAGAUUGUGUGCUCCUUCUGUAUUUUCCAAAGGGGGACCAUGGAAGGAUAUUUGCCAGUUACAAAUCAAAGAGCAGGAGGUGAGGGAGAAAAUGAUUCGUGGUUUAUCUCUGGAAGUAGGUAAUGGUAGACAAGUGCAUUUUUGGGAGGACAGUUGGUUGCCGACUGGUAUGUUAAAGGACACUUUCCCAAGGCUUUUCUCGGUUUCAAAUCAGAACGGAACUGUUAUAGGAGAUUGUGGUUUUUGGCAUGGGUUAGAAUGGAUAUGGAACUUUCAGUGGAGACGGAAACUAUUCCAAUGGGAGUUGGAACUAGUUAACCAACUUCAUGAAGUUCUACGAUCAGUCAAGUUAACAACUGAGAGAGAGGACCAACUGGUGUGGAAAUUUGAUAAAUCUGGCAUUUAUACUACUAACUCCUUUGUGCAGGUUUUGCAGGCGAAAACACUUCCGGAGAAAAUUACGAGCUAUAGUUUCACUAGUUCCAUUUGGAGAGGUUUAGUACCUCCACGUAUUGAGUUAUUCACCUGGUUUGUGCUAGUUGGUAGAGUCAAUACUAAAGAAAGAUUACGAAGGCUAGGCGUUAUUGAUCAGCUGGAUAGCAUAUGUGUUUUAUGUAAAAAGGAUGUUGAGGACCUCCACCAUUUGUUUCUUCGUUGUCAGUUUACUUGGCAGGUGUGGUGUGCUUGGUUGUUUGACUAUGGCAGAUUGUGGAUUGUUCCAGGGACAAUUAAGCAACAUUUUGAAAGCUGGACAGGAGUGACUGUAAGGAAGGAGGAACGUAAGAGGUGGCUAAUUGGAUUUUUUGCUAUUGUUUGGCAUAUAUGGAUGGAAAGGAACGACAGAAUUUUCAGGAGUCAAGAAGCAGGAAUUGCAGAAAUUAUUAAUAGGUCGCUUACGAGUUGUAAGGAUUGGAGUAGAGUUGAUCCAAAUGGUUGUUGA